AUGGCAAACAACGAUUCCUUUUCAAUGUCCAUCAAACAGGAGAACACGACGGUUCCUCCUCCUGCUCCUCCACGUGAAACUCCCACGGGGACUCCUCCACCAAGAGAAGCCAAUCUUGCUGAUGACAAGAACCAAUCUUUACUCAACUUACUUCGCUCCACCUCCUUAACUCCUCAAGAGACGGAGACGUGUUUGGGAUCCCUGGCCAACGUGAUGACUAGCAGCGAAGACUCAGGUGAUGCUCUCUUUCAAGAGGUGAUCUCAAAGCUAAGCGGAAUCGAGCUUCAGAGGAUGGCCGCGUUGCUGACGUCAAAAGCCGAUGAUCGCUACUUCUUGGAGAUGGCAAGAAACAAGAACGGCUCCAUCCGCCUACAGACACUCCUCGGAAAAUCAGACGACGCCGGCACCUUCUUCGUUGCCGCUAUCUUGCGUAACUUCUUCCACGUCAUGACGGACCAGCACGCGUCCCACGUCGCCACUCAAGGGAUGCGAGUUUUCGGCAUUAAGAAGAAAUUUGCAAUGCGCGACCAGAUCAUCUCCCACGCGGCUCUCCUGGCGUGUGACCAAUACGGCAGCAUCGCGCUCAAUGCAAUCAUAAGGGACGUGGCCUUUCUCUACUGCAGUACCGGACUCUUUGAUGCAGUCGCGUCCAACGCUCUCUUGCUUAGCAACGAUGCUUAUGGGAACAUCGUGGUCCAACAAGUGCUUAAACAUUGUAGCUUGCAUAGCACGUAUAACAUUGGGGUUAGCCUUCGUGGCCAUUACGUCGAGCUCUCAUUUACGGAGGGUGGAAGAUACAUCGUGGAGAAGAUUUUGGGGAGGGAUGAGACGGGCGUUUUGGUGAUGACAGAGCUUUUGGAGUGCGGAAGUGACGAGUUGGUGAGGCUGGCGACGAGUGAGUACGGGCAUUUCGUGGUGGAAACGGCACUGAAAGUCACCCGGGGGUUUUUGUUUAGGGGUUUGGUGAAUAAGCUCAAGCCUUUCCUCCCUCUCUUGUGUACGUCUCCUCAAAGCACCACCAUUGCACAAAUCUUGGAGUCCUUUGUUACAAACUAG